AUGACUCCUAACAAGAGCGAGCCGGCCUCGCCUCAGCCGAGCAAAUCAGAACCCCAACCAUCACCAACCUCCUCAACAGCCUCCUACUCGCCCCUGAUGCGGCAAGUGCGCGAGUUCGGCCUAUUUUUCGCCGGCGCUUCCUUUCUCGCCGCGUCAAUCGCCGUCUCCAGACGCUCCGUCCUGCGGCGUCGAUUCGACACGCUUCCGCCCUUCCACACCUCCAACCGCUACACAAAGCCGUUCGAUGGCUCGGACCGCGUGAGCCUCGCCACACAAGCCCUCGGGCUCGCCACGCUCAAUGUCAUGAGCUUUGGCAUCAUGCUGACGGGCGGCAUAUCUUGGGCUUUCGACCUCUGCUCGGUGGAGGAGCUGAGGCAAAGGACGCAAGCGGUGCUACAGCGGCCUGGCAACGUUGACCCGGAGGCAGAGAAGGAGAUGGAGGAUAUGAUGAGGUCGCUGUUGGAUAAGCUUGGCAUGGAUUCCACGCCACCGGAGAAGCCAACCCCUGAAGACUCGAAAAACGAGCCGCCAGCAAAAAAGUGA